AACACUUAUAUGUACCAACAUACCUACUAUCACCGUCUCAUCACCUCUUCAACGACACUCAAAUCCAAACACGACAUCAUUCCACAGCCUCACCAACCACCAACCCUCCAAGAUGUCCAAGUCUACAAUCGCCAUCUUCGGUGCGACAGGCAACCAAGGCAACUCCGUCGCCCGCACCAUCCUCACCGACCCCUCCCUCUCAGCCCUCUACAACGUCCGCGCCCUUUCGCGGUCCACCACAUCACCCAAAAUGCAAGAGCUGCAGUCCCUCGGCGCAGAGCUAUCUGCAGCCGACAUGGACGACCCCACGACGCUCCCCUCCGCCUUAGCAGGCUGCACGCACGUCUUCCUCAUAACAACAACGCAGUACACCGGCUCAACGCGCGAAGUCGAAACACGUCAAGCACGCGCCGUAUGCAGCGAAGCCAUCAAACAAGGUGUCAAAUACAUCAUAUUUAGCUCCAUGUCGCACCCAUCCAAGAUCAGCAACGGGAAGUUGAAGAACGUGGAGCACUUUGACGAUAAAGCUGAGAUCGAAGAGUAUAUCCGGGGCUUACCUGUUCAGAGCGCGUUCUUUGCUCCGGCAUCUUUCAUGCAGAACCUGGAGGGGAGGAUGAAGCCCCGGCCUUCUCCCGCGAAUGAUGGGACGUUCGUGUUAGGGGAUAUCUUGCCGGGGGAUACACCUGUACCAUAUAUCGACAUCACCGAAACGGGGAAGUGGGUUGGGGCUAUCCUUGCUGAACCAGAAAAAUACGCCGGCAAGUUUUUUGCUGCAGCAGAGGCGUUGUAUACCCCGGACGAGGUCGCGGCGAUCAUGAGUAAGGUGACGGGGAAGACGGUUACGCAUGUUCAGCUUCCAGAUGAGGUAGUCAAGGGGUUCUUCCCAGAGGGGUUCCGGGAGCAAUUGUAUGAGAUGUGGGUGUUGAACAGGGAGUAUGGGUAUUAUGGCAAGGGGCAGGAGGAGGCAGUUCAAUGGGCGAAGGAGCAGGCAAAGGGGGAGUUGACGGGAUUGGAGGCGUUUUUGAGAAAGAACGACUUCAAGUUGGAGUGAUGAUACAUGGCGCGACAGUGUGUACUAUCAGGGCGCUGUCGGGGGCUGAGAACAAUGGGUUAUUGCUUGAGCAAAUGGUUUGCGCCCAGUAUAGUAUGCCUUGUAGUGUUACACAGUUUUGUACUUCUAUAUGGAUAGUGAGUUCACAAACGAUACAAUACAGUGACUCAGAAGUCUAAAUUACACCACGAUUUUACAAAUGUAUGUUUUCACGCUUAUGUAGCCUGCAGUGGACCUCAGUAGCCAUUGUAACCACCCUGCAUGUUGGGGUCGGCAGGGUAACCCCACAUCGCCAUUGAAUCGGGAAUGAACAAUGCUGACAGAUCUGCAUCCGAGCCUGUGCCUAGAUCAAACUGAGUAAAAUCGAAGUUGAUAUCGAAUGGUUGUUGUGUGCCAAGACCCAUCAUAUCUGGUGUAGACUGUGCGUUCAUGCUGGGAUACCAGUUCGA